AUGAUACAACCUCCCGCAGAGAUCCCGACCGAGUUCAUGCCUAUCGAUGAUUCUAUGAUCGAGGAGACGCAACAAGCCACGCAAUCCACCCAGCACUCCUCUCAACCGAAUUCUGCAGACACCAACAGCCAUUUGUGGGGUUUCCUUCAACCUUGCAGCAAUGUGCUUCGUCGCAUCGAUUUUUGGAAAGUUCAGCCAGCAAAUUCAGUAGGAAGGGCUCCUGACAACGAUAUCAUUCUCCCUGGAGGGAGAGUUAGUAACAAGCACUGCCGAAUCACCUGGGACGGAAAGGAAGAUAAGAAUUCUGCAGUGACUGUUCUCGACAUCUCGAGCAAUGGUACUUGGAUCAACGGUGCCAAGAUUGGAAAGGACAAAACUGCGGUCCUCAAAGAAGGCAAUGAGAUUGCUUUCGGCUCUCCCCAUCCCCAGCCCGGGGACAUUGAAGAUUACCGAUUCAUUUACCGACAUACUGCUGCCGGUCCCCCGCAGGGUGGCCUUCACGCUCAAUAUGACAUCAGCCAUGAGAUCGGUAAAGGUUCGUUUGCGACAGUCAUGAAGGCUGUAUCGCGCUCCACAGGCCAGUGGUAUGCUAUCAAGAUCAUCCAAGACCAUAAGGUCAAGCGUGCCACAGCAAAUAACAAUGAAACGGCGUUUGCGCGAGAGAUCAGCAUCUUAGAGCGGCUGCACCAUCGAAAUAUCUGCCAAAUGAAGGAAGCCUUUUUCGAAGACAAUAGUAUCAACCUUGUUCUUGAAUUUGUCGAUGGGGGAGAUUUGCUUGAUUACAUUUUGAGAGUUGGCGGCCUUCAGGAGCCGCUGGCUAUCCACAUAAUCGCGCAAGUUUGCGAUGCGCUUGCAUACAUUCAUAGCAAAGGAAUCGCGCACCGUGACCUAAAGCCAGAGAACGUACUGCUAACCACAGAAAAUCCCCCCACCGUCAAAGUUGCUGACUUUGGUUUGGCCAAGGUUGUCGAUAGCGUCACAUUCCUUAGAACUAUGUGCGGUACUCCCGCCUAUCUCGCCCCCGAGGUUGUGACCCAACAGAACCAUGAAGGCUAUGAUCACCUUGUUGACAGUUGGAGUGUUGGAGUGAUCGUAUUUUGCAUGUUCACAAUCUCAAGCCCCUUCAUCGAGGACGAGAACCAGCGCGAUCUCAAGGUCAGAAUCGCAGAACGCACGAUCCAAUGGAGCAUUUUAGAUAAUAUAGGGAUAUCUCAGCUGGCGAGGUCCUUUAUAGAGAGGUUGCUUGAGCAUGACCCUCGGGACCGUAUGUCUCUCAGUACAGCCUGCACUCACGCAUGGCUUGCCAACGCUCCAACACUCUCCCACCAUCAGCCUCGCAGCAUUGCCGACUCCUCCGUCGCAUCACUCCAGGACGCUAAUUCUUGUGUCUCCUUACUCCGCCAAGAAUCCGACGAUGCGAUGAUGGCCGAUGACUCAGGCGAACCCGCAGUAACCGAGGGCCUCGACAAACUCCAACUACGCCAACAAUCAGCCCGUGCGCCCCUCCAGCGACGUGCGCAAGUGCUCGCGCAAGCUGCUGAGAACGAACAGGCACUAUCUGAGCCGAACUGGCAGAUGCUGCAGCACGCACAGGAGAUCGAGAUUAGCGCGCGUAACGGGAAGCGCAAGUUGGAGCCACACAGUCCCCCGCCGGAUGCGGGCGUUGAGAAUGGGAAUCCGAAAAAGCCAAAGAGGGUGUCGGAGGCCUCUGGCCCCCCAAACACACGAACGAGGGCUGCGAAGGGGCGUGGCCGGGGAGGUGCUGCGUCGCCGCUGGCACGGUUGCAGGACGCGGCAGUGGGGAUGGUCGUAGAGGAGGAACACCUGGAGGACGAUGAUGAUGAGGAUGAGGAUGCCGCCAGCGCUGCGUCCCAUGCGCCAGUGAGAAAAUCUGCUCGUGUGUCCCCCAAAAAGGGGGCACGUCGGGGGUAA